GCCUACUUAUCUACACAACAACAAGAUCGAGAGCACUCAGGUCGGCGACAGAUUCAUUAAUUGACACAUCCUGAGAGAUUACAGGGCCAAGUCCCAUCAUCUUUUUUUGGAUAUAGAUGAUCUUGCUGCCAUCAUGCAUAACAUUUCAAUCGUUCCUACGCCGGAAACUCAAAUCUUUUAUCCGAUUGGAAACACGCCAGCCGUUAAUCUUCUCGAAUACCACGCUCCUAAUAAAAGUCUGAUCAGGAGGUAACAGAUAUACUUCUUCUCGCCUGUGGAGAUCCCAGGAGUAUCUUGUAUUCGCUGUUCUGCGAAGACAAACCAGGCAAUGAGAAGUUUAAUUUUGUGUGUUGUGAUAUCGAUCCGGCUGUUUUAGCUCGCAAUAUUGUUUUGUUCUCUCUCGUCGUCGAUAAUGCCGCGUCGUAUGGCUCUCAAUCCCCACACGAUGGAACAAGAGUUGGUGCAAUCUGGAACCUGUUUUACCACUUCCAAAUCCCCAAAGAGGAUUUGAGGCUCUUACAGGACCAAUCUGAAAAACUUUUGUCCUUAUCUCAAUCGCUAGAGGCAUGGGCAGAAUCUCCCUAUUCUAGCAUUACUUUUGUUAGCUUGCAAACUCUUGAGGAGGUUCGAAAGAUCUGGGAGAAAUAUGCUAUCCAGAGAAGUGCACAAGAGCAGCAGAAAUAUGAGGCAUCUAGAUGGGACACUAUCUUAGGGAUACGCCGGAAAUUCUCUAACAAUGGAGGAGCAUGUGUGACUUUCUCUGCAGGGGUACACUGGUUUGCAGGCGCAAAUCCAUCUUGGGAUGCACUCAAGGGCUAUUGGAAAACAGGGGUGGUUGCUGGGAACGAAGGUGAUGUUAAAGCACUUGGCCCCGACAAAAAAGGAGUUUUGAAUCCAACCUUUAUGGUAUCAACCAUGUCCGAGAAGUUCAUCGUUCCGUACACCAGCGAUCCUUUGUCGGCAUAUCACGUUCCACAGGUAUUCGACAACCCUCUAAGUGAAAAGAAAUGUAUGGAAGCCCUAGCAACAUCCGCAAAACAAGAUUUUGCGCAAUGGUGCAAAGCUUUUGCACAGUACGCGACCGCGGGAUCCGUUGUGAUCAAUGUAUAUAUGGGAGAUGCGAUCACCUUUGCUUACGAGCUAGCAUCUCGUGGCCGGUCGAGAGCUACAUCCGUUGUUACCCGUCUCUAUUCGAAUCAAUGGUCUAUAAAACCAAUGUUGUUGGAUGGUCCUGGUGCAUCACUUUUACCCCUAUCUUUCGAGGUCGUCGAUACUUCUAAUAUUGUGGAUUACUAUGGACAUCUCAAUAUUCUGCCCGCUACAGUGCCCAUUCUAUCUAAAACUCCCAGUUCUGUUCUAUAUACUGAAAGUUUGCGGAUCUCUACUCUUGACUUGAAGCAAAACUUGAAGGCUGCACUCUUGAUGGAUGUCAAUCUGGCUUCGUUGUUGUUCGGGCUGACACCGUUUGGUCAAAUCAUGAACUAUACUACCUAUAACAAUUAUAGCGAGGAUAUGACUCAACAGACGUCUACCCAUCGCUAUCGAACCCGGCUACCCUGGAGAUUUCCAACAUUUGGAGACCAUCACUGUUGUUCUGCAUCUAGUCAGUCUAUCAAAAUCGAAGUUGAUGCAGAGGAACUCUCUCAAUUAUGCUUCGAUAUAUACAUGAAGAUGUUCGCGAUUGAAAACCUUGCAAACCGCCUCAAACCAGGAGUCCGACCUUUGCGCAGUGAAACGAUGAAUCUUUACUCACGAUUGAGUUUUGUUAAUAUCCUACAUCUUAUUAAGCAAAAUACCACAACUGAUUGGAUGACUUUCUGCACGAGUCUACGGAUGAAAAUUGCCGCUGAUAAAGUAUCUCACAUUGGGGCUAAAACAGUCUUGGAAAUCUUCACGCACAUUGAUAUCUCCAAUUUUAUGCCGGGGACUAGAGGCUAUGAUACUGAAUACUAUUCUUAUGUCACAAUGGUGGUGCCUCGGAGCGACCUUGAAAUAUUUCUCGAUCCAGACUCUACACCUCAUCCUGGGCUUCAUGCUUACAUAUUCAGACGCAGUACCAACGAGAACGAUCUUUUCUUUUCCAUAGACGGUUUCUUUGGAACUCUCAAACCACAAACAGACCCUGAAUUCUGUGGAGAAUUCAUCGAAGAUCCACAAGGCUGGGCUGGUGAUUCCGAUCUGAUUAUUUCGUUUCCCGUACCUGCUCACAUAGUGAAAGGAAAGAAAUGGCAAAUUGGACUAUGCGUUACCAUUGAUUUGAACGGGACAGGGUACAUGAUGGAAUUGGGACCAGAGAUGGUAGUUUCUUCGGUGUCUGGGAAGAACAAAAAUCGAGUGACUGUUUCCAAGGUGCCUCCUGGAAUUCCUAAAUCUCGUUUACAGCCCGCUCCAGAGAUCGCCUCGGAACAAUCCUCAGUUGAACAAUCCGACAUCUCCGAGAGCCGAAUCACUAUAGCGGCUACCAAGCUUAACGAGGCCGUUGCAUUGCAGGCAACAUACCGUUUUGUAGACGGUACUGACGAAACCAAAGCACUACAAAAAGCUGCCCUCGUUACGCUUUCUGACAUUACUCCAUGCUCUAUACUCUUAAAUAUUGGAGAAUUCAGUCAUCGACUUAUCUUUCCAUACCCGAUAGAUGGAUCUAAAGCGACAACGAAGAUUGCUAGAAAGAGCCUUUGGAUUCAAGUCAACGUCCCCCUCGCAUCAACUCUGAGAUCCGGCGGUUAUGAGCGGAACCCCUUCCCGGUCAUUACCUCUCGAUCUAGCCAGCCGGCAAUUUGGGCUCUUCCCCGAAUUAAUCUCUCUACUCUUCCGUUAGUAACGAGUAGCAAUCCAGAUUGGUUGGAGGAUGUAGACGAACAAGUUUAUAGCGCUCGUGAGAAACGCAUGCUUGGCAACAAAAUGUCAACCGGUGAUUUUCCAAACGCCCUUCUCCAGUUCAAACAUACGCUGGCCGAGAUAAUGGUACACAUGAAUACAACCAAGCUUUGUGGUAUCUCCGUCAAAGGGGCUACUUUGAGGGAAAAUCUUUGCGAUUUGCUGUUAGUUACGAAUGGACUUCGCCACAGCCGCGAAACAAGCUCACUGGUGUUCGACGGCUGGGUCAUCUCCGAUGUUCUCGGUAAACCUAUGCCUCCCGCACUGUUGCAUUUUAUGAGCUAUCCAGUUUCUCGCAACGAGCACAUUUUGUGGAAGAAAAUGGUACCUGCAGCGGUAGAGUCAUGUCGUCGGGAUUGGGAACAUGAUUCAUCCUGCGCGUAUCGAGAUGCUCAAGCCCCUCUCUCUAUUGAGCCUCAUAUAUCCCCGAUAUGUAAGUGUGGUGAAGGAAAAGAUGUCGGAGAUUUCCCGGAAGACUCGAUGAUUGAACCGUUGAAAAGUAGAGCUACGAGAAUCGCAUUUCCGUUAUUGUCGGCAGUCUCUUAUGUGGAAGCCAUGGAUCCACCGGAAGUGUCACUUUAUUAGAUCACAAGUUACCUCUUAUCUUCUUCAUGAGUUCUUCCAUCUCUUUAAGCUAGAAAUAGAGCCUUUCUUUUUAGUCCAGAAUAUUACCUGAUAACAAUCCCUGAUGUUAUUAUUUGUGCUGUGUAACAAAGUUCUAUUCUCGAAACUUUCCAAGACUUUAAGAAUAAAGUUGACAAGGUGAUGCAAACCAAAACAUCAAUAUAUUGAUUUCA